AUGCAACUUGGUCUCCCAAGAAGAGGAUGUUAUUUGGUCUUUGGAUUUAUGUACAAAGAGAAGUAUCGGCGAAUGACUGAAGGUUCAGCAUCUUCUUUUACGCAGCAACCUCAGGACCAGGUGGUGAUUGCUGGACAACCCGUGACCCUCCUGUGUGCUAUUCCCGAAUAUAAUGGAAUUGUGCUAUGGAUUAAAGAUGGACUUGCCCUUGGAGUAGGAAGGGAUCUCUCCAGUUAUCCACGCUAUUUGGUGGUGGGGGAUCACCUCUCGGGGGAGCAUCACCUGAAGAUCCUGAGAGCAGAUCUCCAAGAUGAUGCAGUAUAUGAGUGCCAAGCCAUUCAAGCGGCCAUCCGUUCCAGACCAGCCCGGCUGACCGUUCUUGUACCUCCGGAUGAUCCAAUCAUCAUUGGAGGACCGAUCAUCAGCCUGCGAGCUGGAGAUCCACUGAAUCUGACCUGCCACGCUGACAAUGCCAAACCAGCAGCAACUAUCAUCUGGAUGAGGAGGGGAGAAGUCAUCAAUGGAGCCACCUAUUCCAAAACCAUAGUCCGUGAUGGCAAGAGAGAAAGCAUCAUGAGCACGCUGUUCGUCUCUCCAUCUGACAUUGAGAAUGGCCAAAUCAUCGUCUGCCGAGCUACCAACAAAGCCGUUCCGAGUGGAAAAGAGACUUCUGUCACCAUUGACAUCCAACAUCCGCCUCUCGUCAAUCUGUCAGUAGAACCUCAGCCUGUCCUUGAAGACAAUACAGUAAAGUUUCACUGCUCUGCCAAAGCUAAUCCAGCAGUUACCCAAUACAGGUGGGCCAAAAAGGGCCACAUUAUAAAGGAAGCAUCAAGUGAUGCUUAUGAGACCAUUGUUGACUUCACCUAUUUCUUUGAACCCAUCUCUUGUGAGGUGACCAAUGCUCUGGGCAGUACCAACAUCAGCAGAACAGUCGAUGUCUAUUUUGGGCCACGCAUGAUGACGGAACCACAGUCUCUUCUUGUUGAUCUUGGAUCCGAUGCCGUAUUCAAUUGUGCCUGGAUUGGAAACCCAUCUCUGACCAUCGUUUGGAUGAAGAGGGGCUCUGGUGUGGUCCUCAGCAAUGAGAACACGCUAACGUUGAAAAACGUGCACCAAGAAGAUGCGGGGAAGUAUGUGUGCCGUGCUGUGGUUCCACGUGUAGGUGCAGGAGAGCGAGAGGUGUCUCUAACCGUCAAUGGACCUCCUAUCAUCUCCAGCACACAGACCCAGCAUGCUCUCCAUGGAGAAAAAGGCCAGAUUAAAUGCUUCAUCCGCAGCACGCCUCCACCAGACCGAAUCGCCUGGUCGUGGAAGGAAAACGUCUUGGAGUCUGGAACUUCGGGGCGAUACACAGUAGAAACUGUCAGCACCGAUGAAGGCGUCAUCUCUACCUUAACCAUCAGCAACAUCGUGCGGGCGGACUUCCAGACCAUCUACAACUGCACUGCCUGGAACAGUUUUGGUUCGGACACGGAGAUCAUACGUUUAAAAGAACAAGGUACGGAAAUGAAGUCAGGAGCUGGUAUGGAAACAGAGUCAGUGCCCAUGGCAGUCAUCAUAGGUGUGGCCGUUGGAGCUGGGGUGGCUUUCUUAGUCCUGAUGGCCACCAUUGUGGCUUUCUGCUGUGCUCGCUCCCAGAGAAAUCUGAAAGGAGUAGUUUCAGCCAAGAAUGAUAUCCGAGUUGAGAUUGUUCACAAAGAAUCUGCCUCAAGCAGAGAAAGUGAAGAACACCCAGCAAUCAAGCAGUUAAUGAUGGACAGAAGUGAGUUCCAGCAAGAUUCAGUCCUUAAACAACUGGAGGUCCUCAAGGAAGAAGAGAAAGAAUUCCAGAAUUUGAAGGAUCCCACGAAUGGCUAUUACAGCGUGAACACCUUCAAGGACCACCAUUCCACGCCCACCAUCUCCCUCUCAGGUUGCCAGCCAGAGAUGCGGCCAGCCAACAAGCAGCGUGUGCCGACAGGCAUGUCCUUCACCAACAUCUACACAACCCUGAGUGGGCAGAACCGCCUCUACGACUACAGCCAGCGUUUCAUCUUGGGCAUGGGGAGCAGCUCCAUCGAGCUGUGCGAACGGGAAUUCCAGCGGGGUUCCAUGAGCGACAGCAGCUCCUUCCUGGACACGCAGUGCGAUAGCAGCGUCAGCAGCAGCGGGAAGCAGGAUGGCUACGUACAGUUCGACAAGGCCAGCAAAGCAUCAGCCUCGUCUUCUCACCAUUCACAGUCCUCCUCUCAGAACUCAGACCCUAGCCGGCCUCUGCAAAGGAGGAUGCAGACCCAUGUGUGA